AUAUUAUAAUUGAAGAUAACAUGAAUUGAUAAAAUACGUUGCCUUCCAAACAGACGUGUACGGUUUAACUUUGUAAUUUGAGUGUUGCCAACAAUGUUGACCCAUCAUUAAUGAUAAUAUAAUUUGUAUAUUUAUAAAUGUCUGGUCCUUGUCAUAGUAUAGGAUAAAGAAGAGACAGCACACAUCUUUAUAAGUCAUAAGAAUUCUAAAUGCAAGAGGUGUGAUGAAAUCUGAGCGAGCUUUGGGAAGUGGACUCCUGUUAGCCACUGGAGUUGUGUUCAUCUACUACACGCUCUGGGUCAUUGUACUGCCGUUUGUGGAUGAAGAUCAAGUAGUCAUUCAAAAUUUGUUUCCUGAUCGUUCGUACGCAUUGGGCAUUCCACUUCUGGUGGGUGUGAUAGGCCUGGCUUUGAUAGGUUGUUUUGUGGCAGUUGUCCAGCUGGGACAAAAGGAGAAAAGGAGUUGAUAAUUUAAUGUUGUAUAUAUCCAAUAAAAUUCAAAUGAUAAUCAAAGCAUUAAA